AUGGCAUGCAGGACGCUGGAGCUGACGCUGGUCUCGGCGCGGGACCUCCGCUCCGUCAACCUCGUCUCCAAGAUGGAGAUCUACGCAGUGGCCUACCUCGCCGGUGACCCGCGCUCGAGGCAGCGCGUCCCCACCGACCGCGCCGGCGGCCGCGACCCCACCUGGAACCAGACCGUCCUCAUCACCGUCCCGGCGUCUGGCGCCGGUUGCGGCGUGGUGCGCGUCUUGCUGCGCACGGAGCGCGCCCUCGGCGGCGACCGCGACGUCGGCGAGGUGCUCAUCCCGCUCCCCGACGUGCUCGCCGGCGCCGGGGACGGGCCCACGGAGGCCACGGCGGCGUGCUUCCCGGUGCGCAGGAUCGGCUCCCGCAAGCCCCAGGGCGUGCUGAACGUCUCCUACAAGCUCGGCGGGGUCGUUCACCCGGACCUCGUCGCACGGAUCGAGGGAGCCCAGCCGGUGCAGGCGGGCGACCCGGCGAGUCCGAUGAUGGCGUACUUGGCGGCCGCCGCGAAGGUGUACUCUGCUGCGGCGCGGCCGCCACAGUGCUUGCCUUCUACACCGUACCCGGUGGCGCCUAUGGGCGCGAGCAUGCGGAGCAGAAGCUAG